CCCCGGCCGCCAUUGCCUCGUGCCCGCGCCGGUCGGUUGGUGGCGCCUUUGUCCUACGGCGGGCAGGUGGGCUGAGGCUGAGGCGGCGGCGGCGGGCCUGAGGCGGAGGAGCGGCGGGGAGGCGGCCGCGUCGGUAGCGAUAUUAAUAAGGCAGCGGAAAGAAGAAAUAUGAAUACGGCUCCAUCAAGACCCAGCCCCACACGAAGGGAUCCAUAUGGCUUUGGAGAUAGUCGAGAUACACGGCGUGAUCGCUCUCCAAUUCGAGGAAGUCCAAGGAGAGAAUCCAGGGAUGGCAGAAAUGGCCGAGAUGCUCGGGAUAGCAGAGACAUUCGAGACCCUCGGGAAUUGCGGGACCACAGGGACAGCAGGGACAUUCGGGACCACAGAGACAGCAGAAAUAUACGUGAAGCUCGGGACCUAAGGGAUUUUCGGGAUUUACGUGAUCUAAGAGACUCUAGAGAUUUUCGAUAUUACCGAGACCCUGUAUAUGACAGAUAUAGAGAUAUAAGAGACUCCCGAGAUCCUCUAUACAGGAGAGAAGGCUCCUACGACCGGUAUCUGAGGGUGGAUGACUAUUACCGGAGAAAGGAUGACUCUUACUUUGACCGGUACAGAGACAGCUUUGAUGGACGAGGCCCUCCUGGCCCAGAGAGUCAGUCUCGUGCAAAAGAGCGUUUGAAACGUGAGGAACGACGUAGAGAGGAGCUUUAUCGUCAGUAUUUUGAGGAGAUCCAGCGGCGCUUUGAUGCUGAGAGGCCUGUGGAUUGCUCUGUUAUUGUGGUCAACAAACAGACUAAAGAUUAUGCUGAGUCUGUGGGGAGGAAGGUACGAGACCUAGGCAUGGUUGUAGACCUGAUCUUCCUCAACACAGAGGUGUCCCUCUCACAAGCACUGGAGGACGUCAGCCGGGGAGGGUCUCCCUUUGCCAUUGUCAUCACCCAGCAGCACCAAAUUCACCGUUCCUGCACAGUCAACAUCAUGUUUGGAACUCCACAAGAGCAUCGCAACAUGCCCCAAGCAGAUGCCAUGGUGCUGGUGGCCAGAAAUUAUGAGCGCUACAAGAAUGACUGUCGAGAAAAGGAACGUGAGGAGAUUGCCCGACAGGCAGCCAAGAUGGCUAAUGAAGCCAUCCUCCAGGAAAGAGAUCGUGGAGGCCCUGAGGAAGGAGGUCGUGGCAGGCACCCUCCCGCUAUCCAGAGCCUCAUCAACCUCCUGGCAGACAACAGAUACCUCACUGCCGAGGAGACGGACAAGAUCAUCAACUACCUGCGCGAACGGAAGGAGCGGCUCUUGAGGAGCAGCGCCGACUCUCUGCCUGGCCCGAUUUCCCGCCAGCCACUCGGGGCGGCCUCGGGUACCUCGCUGAAGACAAAACCAAGUUCCCAACCGCUUCAGAGCGGCCAAGUGCUCCCCUCUGCUACACCCACUCCAGCUGCACCCCCCACCUCCCAGCAAGAGCUUCAGGCCAAAAUCCUCAGCCUCUUCAAUAGUGGUGCGGUUGCGGCCAACAGCAGCUCUGCAUCCCCCUCAGUUGCUGCCGGAAGCUCCCAGAACCAGAAUUUUUCCACAGCAGCAAACAGCCAGCCUCAGCAGAGACCACAGGCCUCAGGAAAUCAGCCUCCAAACAUUGUGGGACAGGCAGGGUCUGCUCGGAACAUGGGCCCCAGGCCUGGGGCUCCUCCCCAAGGGCUUUUUGGUCAGCCUUCCGGCCGCCUGGCACCUGCCAGCAACAUGGCUAGCCAGCGGCCUGUGUCUUCCACAGGUAUUAACUUUGACAAUCCAAGUGUACAGAAGGCCUUGGACACCCUCAUUCAGAGUGGCCCUGCCCUUUCCCACCUGGUGAGCCAAACUGCAGCACAGGUGGGGCAGCCCCAGACCCCCAUGGGAUCUUACCAGAGGCAUUACUGAGGCCACACCGGUCCACUGUCCCUAGUCCCCUCUUUCCCUGGCCCCUCCCACUUCAUCCUAAGUAGAGAUGUUUGAAGUGUUCUUCGAAUUCUCCGGGUCAACAUCUAAUAUCCUAAGUUUCUCGCACCACUCCUUCCUGUGGCUGUUGCUUACCACUUAACAGAAUCAGAACUUAGACUGCAUUCAGGGCUGGGUCUUUUGUUUGGGUAGAAGAAAAUAAGUAUUCCUGGGGUCAAGGCUCAGCUUCUGUCUGACGGGGUUGCUCUGGCCCCUCCUGGUGGAUUUGGAGGAAAAAAGAAGAAGCGAAGCCCUGGAUGCCCCAGUUUGGAACACCAUUUGUGGUCAACAGUUACAGCCUUUGUUUCCACCUCUACACGUGAGCGAGAGCUGAGCUCCUGCGUGGCUCACCGAGAAGCAGGGUGGCCUUGGCAGGCAGUGUUAGCACUGUCCCAUCAGAGAACAGAACUCCAUUCAAGGACUCAGAUUGGAUGCUCUGGACUGUCAAACUGUGACAUGGCAGCCACAGAAGAGAGGACUCUCGCUUAGCACUUUGGCAUGAACUGUGUCUCUGGGACCCACUGCUCUCCACAACAGUUUAGUCGGCACCUUUCUGUCAGUGGCACUCGUGCAGUCAGCAUCAGGAUCAGCUCUAGGCUCUUGCACUGGACACCUGUGCUGCCAGUCAUUUGAGCCCCAAGCUUUUGUUCUCAUCCAGACUCUUGUCUUUUCUGACGAGCAGGAGCUAGAGACCAUUUGAAGUUAGACAGUGGUAGUUGGACAUGUUCUCAUACAGACAGGAUUCAUUACUUUAGAGACAGGGUGACACUUAGAGGAAAGCUCUGGCUGCUGCCUUGAACGGAGCCAAAAGAAGCGCCUUUUCCCUUGGGGAAGACUUCAUUAGAACCCUGUGGAUCAAGUCUCGGGGAGAAGCAGGCCUGGCAGGGCAGGCGAGAGUGCUAACUCCAGUUAAGGCCCUGUCAGAGGUUGAGCAAACCAGUUUCAAAACCCAAGGGCCCCAAAUGGCAGCAGUUUAUGUUCUGAUCUGUUUGUGUUUAUGGUGGUCCCCCUCCCCUCUUUGGAACUCUUGUGUUGUUGAUAAAAUGAAAUAAUUACUUUCUAAUUAAAAUGAAAAAGUCA